AUUACCCAGGGGCCCUUGCGCGGCCUUUCUCUUCCGGUGUGACUCUGUCCGCUGUGGGUUCGGUGCCGCCAUGGCCAAGUCCAAGAACCACACCACGCACAAUCAGUCCCGCAAGUGGCACAGAAAUGGCAUCAAGAAGCCCAGAUCCCAUAGAUAUGAGUCUCUUAAAGGGGUUGAUCCCAAGUUUCUGAGAAACAUGAGAUUUGCCAAGAAACACAACAAGAAGGGGCUGAAGAAGAUGCAAGCCAACAAUGCCAAGCAGGCAGCUCUACAGAAAAAGGACUGACCUGGUUUAAGACAAAGAACCAGUUUGCCUUUUGGCAUGUAUGUUUAAAGCAUUUUUGUACAAAUAAAAUUGGACAUAACAAAG